AUGUCACCGGCGCCCCUUCAAGUCAAUCCCUCCUCCAAGUUACCUUCGCCCGGCUUCAAUGCCGGCGCGCGACCUUACCGCUCUCACAAGGUCCGCGCCUGUGACCUUUGUCGCAAGCGCAAGUCUCGAUGCACCGUCGAUAUUCCUGGCCAGAGCUGUCUACUGUGUCGCGUGCAAGGUGCCGACUGUCAUUACCAAGAAGAACCCCAGGGGGAUACUUCGGUGUUGAGUGUACCGGAAACGAAGCCGUGGUCGGGAGCCCAGCCGAUCGAACCCGUAUCAGGUCAAAAACGCAAGCGCAGCCCUGACCGAUCCCCCAAUUCGGGUCCGCAUAUACCAACCCGCCAGUCGACUAAUGGGCCGAGUCCCCAAGGCACAAAUUCGUCCUCUGGGCGCCCCGGGAGUGAAUCGCGACGCAAGUACGAUGAUGAUCGCCACAAUGAAUCAGUUCUCAUUGUCGGGCCAAUGGUAGCAGAAGAUGCGCAGGUAAUUGAGAAAUACAUGCCUCCAGAACGAUCGAGUCUUUCCGAAGAACCCAACAGCCACCCAUACAAUAUUUAUUCGAGCGACCCUAGAAAACCGGUACUGUACACUACAAUUACACGGCGGAGAAAGGGUAUGCGCGUCGGUGUUCCACCAGGAGAAAACCAGAAAGAGGUCCUUGAACAAAUUUUGGGGCCUUUCAAACAUGACCUCGUGAGAUUAUUUCUUGACCGAUUCAACGUCGCAUUUCCUAUAUUUGAUGGCGAAUCUUUUUGGGAAUCAUAUAUCACAGAAUCCGCGGAAGAUCCUCCGGCAUCACUUCUAUGCCAGGUUUAUUCGAUGUCGCUUGUUUAUUGGAAACACACACCUAAGCUCGCAUGUCACCCGAAGCCAGAUGUGAGAUAUGCCGUGAACAUGACUGUUGCGGCCUUGCAUGAGGAGUUCUCAGCACCUGGGUUGUCCACAAUCAUUGCCGCACUAAUCGAUUUGACCGGCCGGCCAAUUUUCUCCAUGACAGGAAAUGCUAUUAGUUGUGGUCGAAUGCUUUCCUUGGCCAAUUGUCUCGGUUUGAACAGAGAUCCGAGCCUGUGGAAACUCUCUGAACAAGAGAAGGACCAUCGGAUUCGGCUUUGGUGGGGAGUGGUGAUUCACGAUCGUUGGGGUAGCUUUGGCCACGGUGUACCUCCUCAGAUAUCCAAGACUCAGUACGAUGUCCCUCUUCCGACUAUUGAUGGUUUAGUGGCACGAAACCUUCGCACAACAGAGCGCGUGAGAGCAGCACAUUGCCACAUCGCCUUAUGCAAGUUGACCGAGAUCCUAGGUGAACUGCUACCUUUGGUAUAUGGUCUUCAGGCAAAACUGGCACGCGAGAGCUCCAAGAAAAUCAGACAAAUUAGAACAGAGUUAGAUCUAUGGGAGGAUUCUCUGCCCGAUUGGUUGAGAUCGCCAGAGCAUCACACUCGUCAGGAUGAGAUCUGCGCAUCAAGCAGUCUACACCUAGCAUUCUUGGCCGUCAAGAUGCUUGUCAGUCGAGUCGAAUUGAAUGUAAGAAUUUUCACCCUUUGCCAACCGCUUACAUUGGACUUGCAGGAGGUCAACAAUGCAGAAACAGAUAAUCCCGAAGCUCGCCGUUAUUUUCAGACUGAGUGCCGGCGAUCAGCAGAGGAGAUUGUACGGUUCAUCACAUCCCUUCGAUCAGAAAACUUCAAGGAAUUCUGGUUACCCUAUAGCGCAUUCCACUUGACAUCGACCGCAACUCUCCUCCUACGAUGUGCUUUUGAAACCAACGAUAGUGAGGUCGCCAGGUCAUGUCUCAAUAAUGUUGAGAAUCUUCGAACCGUCCUCCGUCGGGUUCGAGAAGAAGAGGACUGGGACGUGGCUGAUAUGUGUCUUGAUCACUGUGAACGUAUUAUGCAUCGACUCCCUGGCACUACUACCAUAGACCAAAUGUCUACUUCCGCCAUGGCUGAUCACGGCCUCGUCAACCCGGCUGCAAUCUCUCUACCGGAAACUCAAACAAAUAACGAUAUUGUUGAUGAUAUGAUGUCUAUUUCGAAUACAUUUGGCACAAUGGACGGUUUCCCCUUCGAUAUGACAGGUAUCUGGGACGUUUCUGUCUUCCAAGAUGUCAACUUGCCUUAG